AUGAGGUUAUCUUCACGAAGGUCAAUUAUAGCAGCAAAUAUGCAUAUGGUAAUCAACAAUGAAUUUGUUUCAGAUCAAUUUAAACUCCAAUCUUUUCGUGAAGCCAGAGAUAAUUUAGGUAGACUACUCGUAAACAUAAUAUAUGGAGUGUGUUAUGAUCUAUUGAGUGAUUACGAUCAUAGAAUGAAACCAGUGGAUUUAAAAACAGUGAAAUAUAAUAACUCAUGCGAAGCAUUUGCUGUAGGUUUGCAUGUCGUUUGCCAUAGACCUAGAUUAAAAACAGACAACACACCUCCUCCAAUAUGUGAUUUUCCCGAAUGUCUAGUCGUGGUAGAGGUACCACCACAGCUUUCACAGAAUUAUAUAGCAAUAAUGGCUCUAUGGCUACGCUGGGAUCCUUUUACGGACAGAAUGAUCGAGUUUGACGUCUCGAAAUUACCAGUGUUAGAUACUCGAGAUCUGUGGAAGUACUGGGAGGAUGUGUGGGAAGAACGAAACAAGAUAUUAAUGGAACUAAACAAAGAGAAGGAACGAGCAGAAAAAGAACAAUGGUUUGCAGAAAUGGAAAACAAACUUAAAAUUUUUGCUGCGGUAGAUCGAAACAAUUACCCUGAAGAUUUGAAAGCAUAUAUCGAAGAAAUAGAAGCAAACAAAGCAGGCGAUAUUAUAGACACUAGUGAUAUUACACUGAGUGAUUACUCUGAUGAAACAGAAGAAGAAGAAUCCUCAAGCCAAACAUUAGAAAAAAAACAAUUGGAACAAACAGACAUUUUUUCGAAUGAACGGCAAAAUCCAGAAAAACCAAACGAACUGAAUCCCAGGAGGUAUAAUUAACGUAACUAUCUAUUAUAUAUUAUUGUUAAAACGUAAAAAAAAAAUCCAUUAUCUUUGACCGAAAAUUCAUAAAGUGAAUCCCGAAAAGUAAUUGAACAUCUGACAUCUAAAUUCUGAGUGUAACGAAGAAUGUAUUGGUUUUAUUUGAUGUUUAUUUUUUUUAUAUUUUUAUACGAAGUACAAAAGUUCUACCAAAAAUCUUGCUUCGAUAUAUACGCACGGCAACAUUUCUGAAAUGGAAUGUUAUCCAGAUGGUACUUAUGGGAGAUAAUUUUUGAUUUACCAUGCAGUUUUUAUAAUAUCUGGGGAAAACCAGGGUAAAACAUAAGAAAAACAGAAAAUUUACGAAAUUAAUGCUUUUAUUAUUUUUCAAUUUUAUUUUGUUGUGUUUCUGUUUAAAAUAUUUGUAAAGACUUGAAAUUUAGAAAGAAAACUUGUAUUUGCUUUUUCUAGAUAUGGCAAAUUUUUUUGAAACAUUUGAGGGAUUUCUAAGCUUUUUAUAAAAAUAUUUAUAAUUUUGUUGAAAUUCAGUUAAAAGUUUUCGUAUUAACUCUAUAAACUUAAAAUUGGGACAAACAAUUUAUAUUUAUCUUUUCUAGACGUGGUAAAAUUUUUGUUUUUGUGCUAUUUGUAGUCAUUUUAAUUUUGCGAGUUUUCUAAGUAAUUUUUAAUCGGUAGGUACUCCGUGGUAAAAUUGUUAGACCUAACAGAAAUUAAAAAUUUAACUUUUUGGUAAAAAAUUUUAGUAUUUUUUUAAGAGAAUUUUAAUAUCAAAUUUAGAUGUAAAUCGUUUGAGUAAAAAAUUAUGUGGAACAAAUUUAAUUUUUCGAUUUUUUUUUUUUAGUCAGAAUUGAGAGGACUGACUAAAUUUCAAAAUCAUAGCUUUUUAAAGUUCUGAUAUUAUGGGGAUAUUAUAAUAUGUUAUGUUAAAUAAUUCUAUAUUUUCAAUAUUUAUAACAUGUCCAGUGGCGUACGCAGGGUGGGCUAAAGAGCUGAAGCCUCCCCCCCAUUUACCGCAUUUAUAUAUAUGUAUAUAUACAUAUUUGUUUAUAUUUUUCAAGUUUCAACUGUAACAAUAGUAAAUAAAGCCUUUUUUUUUAUAAAAUACGCUACAUACGUAAAUAGACAAUUUAAUUUAACACCACUGUAUAUUAAUAUAUACCUAUUAAUUAAUACCUUACUAUACUACUAUAUUAUCGCAAAAUAAGAUUUUAUUAAAUUUAUUAGAUUAUUAUUUUUUAUUAUUUAUUUUAACUAUGGUCACACUCGUUAUAAAGUAUAAAUAAUAGUUGUGUACAACUUUGGUGGUUGGUGUUACCAUGCAUACGCGGGCUUCCACACAAUCUUAGAUAAUUAGAUUAGAUUGAUUACAAAUUGCAAUAUUGAACUUAGUGAACUGAUGUUAACAAUAAAAAUUAACGCAUCGAUAAGUUAGCCCACAGAUGUUGUAGAUAAUAAUAAUAUAACCUUUAAUUAGUGAAAAACAAUUAGGUAGAUAUGUAGAUAAUUUUUUUUUCAUUUAUUUCUCUUGAAUAUUAAAGUAAUAAUAAUUUUUAUAGGUUUUUCGUUUUUCAUAUAAAACGUAUCUCAUAGUUAUGCACACUAAAAUAACUAUUUAAUUAUUCACUAUGGCAGAAAAAAGAUAAGGUAGGUAAGUAUGCAAUCCACUAUUCAUAAAAUUCUAAUUUGGUUGACUUCUGGUCAACCAAAUUUCGACUCUGUGGUAAUUUAGGGAGGUCAUUUUUUUUUAUUUUUUAAACGGUUUUCAUAAUACCUGAAAAAACUGGGUUAAAAUGUCAGAAAAAGUACGAAAUGUAGAUAUUAGUAAAAAAAUAUUAUAGACUUUUUUUUUCUGUGUACAACUUUUCUACCAGAAAUUUUCUCUACGAUUUAAAACUAUAGCACUUUUUUUGAUAGUAAAUCUGACUAGGAAAGAACUUUAAAGAGAUCAUUGUUCAAUUUUUCCAGUAGUAUUCUCAACAAAUGUGAUAACCAGGAAAAAUAUGGGAAAAUCGGGAGUAACGUAGAAAAAGCGGGAAAAUCGGUACAAUGUUAUCAUAUUAAACAAACAUUAUUAAUGCAAAUAUAUACUGCCUAUUUAAUUAUUUUACCAUAAUAUUACAUAUAAAUUGUUGUCAGAAACAUCACUACCAAAUGAACUGUACUUUGAAUCGUUUUUUCGUUAGCAAUGGUUUAUCGUUGCUUACAAAUAUACAUUAAAUUACCUACAACAGUGGCUGUUUAAAGGUACACUUAAAUAAGUUUUCCAUUUAAUUUUACAGUUAUUUUUUGCGCUUUGAUGCACAUUUAAAUUUAGAAUUAAUAUGCAUGUAGGUAAUUAAUAACAAUCAUAUUUAAUAUUUAGUAAAUCAGAAUUUUCGAGAAACUAUUUUUGGUUUAAUGAUUAGGCACCAUUUUUAUUUUACAGGAUUAUAAACCAACAAAAUCAUGAGUGUGCAUGAGCGUUAACUAGAGUUAAAUAUAUUCUUUUAGAAUUUUCAUUAUAAAAUACAACCAAAAAAAUAGAAUCAAAUAUAAAAUUAAUAUCUGUUUAAAGUACAAUUACUUAAUUAAAAGUCUGAUUUCUUACUUAUUUAGAUAUUGGAUUAUUGGCGGAGCAUUUAAUGUAGAGAUGUGGAAAUUACCUACGCAACCUGUAGAACAUCGAAAUGGCGCGUGGAGUGUGGUGAUCACCGGGUCCACUACUGUUCAACCUAUCGAUUAUCACGAAAAAUACGAACCGUCACAAUUAUCAUUGGGGUUUUCGUCGUCAUCCUUGGAAGAUGAAGAAACUUACAUUGUACCAGAAGCACUUAAGAGACUCGCACUGAUAAAUAUUAAGUUACCAGAAAAUUUACUUUGGUUCGAAAAUCCCAAACCAGUUAUAUGGAAUGAAAACAGAAAAAUUUGGACAACUGAUUAUAUACAUGACAUAAGGUAAUACAUUAUAAUACAGUAGUUGUUUUCAUUACUCGUCUAGGAAUAUUACCAACCAAUCAUAAUAUUAUUAUAUUGUUAUAAUGUUGAUUAGGUAAAUUAUAUUCGGCUGUACUGAUUAAUUAUACCUCAAUCCUAAAAAAAAGAGCUACUUACAUAAUAUUAUAACGGCUAUAAAUUAGCUUUCAGUGUCCUUUAUUGUAUUUUCUCUGAGACGUCCCAGGCGUGCAUACGUCUGUUUCUGGCUACAUUGAGAAAUGCCUAUUAGUAAUUUCUAUCUUCGCACAUUAUUUUGAACCCGACUUCUGACAAUUAUUAAUUUACAACUAGGUUCUAUACAUAGUAUAGUAUAGUAUAUUAUGUCAUUCAUGACAUAUUUUAUAAUAUAUUCAUUAUAUUAAAUUUGUUAACUAUUUCGUGGAAAUAACUCCCGCAUAAUCAAUUACGUAUAAGUAAUUUGUUUUCUCUUUUAUAAUAGUGAAUUCGAACAAAUAAUUUAAAUACAUUUUUAGUGGAAACGAAUAAUCUACUCCACCUUACUAUUCGUCCAAUUCACAGAUUCAACGAAAAGAAGCAGAUGGUAUCUUUCCGAACAGGUCGAAUGGGUUCGUUUGGGCUGGCCGUUAACCGGUACUCGAACUUUCCGUUCCAGUCAUGGGAGGUAAGGCCUGAGACCGGAUCUAACGAGGGUGGCGUGGUGCUGUCCAUAACAACGGCCAAGAUACUAGUGAAAUUCAUGGUGCGUGACGAACACUUAGCUAUGGUACAGCUGCAGAACGCAACCACAGUUGCCCUACAGGAGAUGAUCGGCGUAUAUCACCGACCAGACAGGCUGAUCCGACUUUUGCGUAAUGGUGGAAUUAACCUGUUUCCUGCACCGGACGCAUACCACUAUGUCAAUGGCCACCGACCACCCAAACAAGCUGUGACCGAGCGGCACACCUACCGUUGCAUGGCCGCUCUGAGCGGCACUCAUCAGUUCACCUCCUCCCGGUGGAAUGUUAACGUAGCUGCCGAUCAGAUUGUAUUCCAGAUGAAAGAAAUACCGGUUGACGAGUUGAGCAACAAAAAUGAUAAUAACGCUGGAGCUAACGUGGGCACUCCGUACAAGACGGUCAUGGUGACGCCAGAACGGGCAGUGCUGCUUAAGUGCAAUGAGGACAGCAAGGCGUUCUCCGAAGAAUAUCAGUCAACCUCAUUCACACCCGAUCUGUUCACACUUGCCAAGGACGUCACAAGCACUAAUCAAAUGCAGAUGUCCAAAAUAGACAUCUCCAAGACCAUGGAAACUCUAUUCUAUUUGAUGGACAAAAUAAAAUUGUUCAGUUAUUCUUAG